CAUUCCUGAAUUCCUGGUCCGGACUUCCGUCCGGAUUAUUAGUCGCGUAACUGCAUUUCCUUCAUAACGAUGGAGACGUUUUUAACUGGCAAAUAUCUGUCCUAAUGUCUCAAAAAGAACAUAAAUUUCAGUUAAACAAUUUGUCUUUGGUGAAAGGAAGGUGAAAAGGAAGGACAUUUGCAUAAUCCUGUGUCAAGAUGAAGAAAUUCAUAAUUAAAAUAUUGAAUCCAUUUAAAAACAGGAAAAGGAAAGAAAACUGUCAUCAACCUGGCCAAAAAGUUGUAACAGAAGAAAGUAAAGAACAUUUUAUUGAUCAUACAGAUAGUUGCCAGGCAUUUAUUCAGCAUAGUACAGAUUCCAUCGAGGACUGUAAAACUACAAGUGACAGUACCAGUGAUGAGUAUCAGGAUUCGAGGAAGUGGUCAGAAUUUGUAAGUGAACCACUAGGACCUUCUCUGAGUACAUCUAGUUUAUAUGAAGACACCUCUGAAACUUUUACUGAUGAUGUUCCAAAUGACUAUGGACUAAGAAGAUCAUACAGAUUUGACUCAAUUUCAGAUCACAAAUUUUUUCAAAAUCUGGGAAAUCAACAAUCAGGCCUGUCUGCUAGUCUAUAUAGAAACCAUUACAUUGACUGCAUUAGUCUUUCCUUGAAUACCUCUGACCUCUUUGGAAGCAAUUCAGCUUCUAUGAUUGAAGCCUUGGACCUGGCCGAGCAUUUAAGACCGUGCUGCUUUGACUGCAGAUCAUAUAAGGACACUGCAGUAGCCAGAAGUCCAUGUUUAAAUCCCAAAGCACAGAAUGAUGUAAAUCCUAACAGAGGCUUGGAAUCCUUGAUGGAAACUGCAAUUCAAGAAAAUGUUGAGGAAACUUCUGUAUUUGGAGAGCCAGUGCUGCCUGGUGAUCCUAAGGAGGUGCUGAAUUUGAGGACUGACUCUAGACCUACUGAGAACCCAAACCAUGACCAAUUCAAGGAAUGUCCUGUUUUAGAGACCAACACGGGAGAAUAUGACAGUAAACAUCGACGGAAGGAUAAAAACAGGACUUUAUACAAGCCAACAGCAUCUAGGAAAAAGAAAAGACAACAUUCUUAUGGUCACUGUCAAAGGAAGACAUAUUAUUGCAUAUUUUGGCCAAAAAUAUUUAGACAAAAGAAGAUUUCAAAGAAAGGAAAUAAAAGAAGAGCUCACACACUAUGUCAGAAAAGCGAGGAUGAAACAAAAAGUCCAAGAAGAGAAGUACAUUUAUUUGGCAUGAAUUUGAAGGACUGGAAAAGAACUGAGAGCUCAAUGGUUAGAAGAAAAGCACAUGCAUUCCACAGGAAUUGCUUGGGAAAACAGCAGACAUUGAUCAACAGGCAUGCUCUCUAUAACAAAAUAGGAUGCAAAUGUAUCUGGAAAAACUCUAGAAACAAGAAAAGAAAAAAGAAAAAGAAAAAUCAUCUAGAAUCCUGGCAGACAGAAGAAACCAAUCACAUAUUUACAAGAAAAAUGAAAGGUCAGAGCCACUCUUAUGUGAAAAAUCACCAAAAAAGAAAACCAGAUAAAUACCUGCAGUUUAAAUUUGAAUUCAGAAGAAAGAAGAUUUUGAAGAAGAAAUUACAAACAAAUAUUGAAAGAAAAACAUGCAUAAGGCAUCAAAAGGACUGGGAGGGGAAAGAAAGUCUCCUCAAAAAAGCACACAUGUUUCACCUGAAGGGCUUAGAACAAAGGCUUAGAAGGAAAACACACUUCCACAUAAAGGGCAGGGAACAUCAGGAGUCUUGGGACAACAUUCAAGCUCUUUGCAGUAUAUUCAGCUACAAAAGUUCCAGAAAAAACUCAGAAAAUAAGAAGAGAAAAAAAUAUUUGUAUAACAAAGAGAAUAUUUACGAAAAUGAUGAGGAAAACUGGCAAACAGAUCUAGAAACCAAUUCUAUAUCUGCAAGAAAAGCCAAAGUUCAAAAACUUACAGCAGUCGACAUUGCAGGGCAAAGCAUUAAGAGGCCCUUGCCAGUGAAUGAGGGAAGACCUGGUGGUAGACCAACCACACACAUCAGGAAGAAUGCUCCUCAACUAGGACAUCAACAGGCUGAUCAGUCUCCACAAUACAGUCUUCAACAGUCUACACAGCAUGGGGUUCAAAGGCUUUCUCAUUUCCGAGAUCAACAGGCAGAUCAGUCUCAGCAAUACAAUCUUCAACAGCCUACACCUCGUGAGGCUCAAAAUCUUUCUCAUGUCAUCAAUCAACAGACUGAUCAGUCUGCUCAACUUCUACGUGAACAGACUGAGCAGAAUUCUCAAAACACAGAACUUGCAACCCAACAGUUUUCUGCUCAUGGUGAUGUUGAACUGCCUGAACAAGAGACUCCUGAGCUGCUUGCACAUGCACCAAAUCAGUCAGCAGAUGGUGUUGGACUUAAACGGACUGAACAGGCUGACGAAAGAUUUGGGGCUUACUCAGCUGAUUUUCCAAAGCAGUUGCCAUCUGAAGGAAGAGGUUUGCAGUUCUGUAGAAGGAAAAUAAGACUGAUUCACACUUGUCAGAUAGACUGUAUUUUGGCAAUAAUCUUGAUGUUGGUACGGUCUCAUCCAGAAAUGGAAGGCAGUCUCGAAAAUUCCAACGAACCUUUUCAGUGGUUAUAUCUUAUCUGGUGGAUGUGCAAAGCUAAAAGAUUUGAUUAUGCGAAGAAAUUCUUUUGGUUGAAGCAUGGCUUACCAACUUCUGAAGAUCACUGUUUUGACUUCAAGGUCAAAUUAGAAGCAGAUUGGAUUUUGGAACCCCUUAAGAUAAACAUCUUUGAGAAAUCUUCCAAAUGCACAAAUAAGUCUUGUACGUUUGAUAAAGAGGUACUAAUGGAUUUCAAGGAAAGCAUCAAAGCAUUUUCAAGGAGAUGCCAGAUGAUGGAUAAACAAUAUACAUGCUUCCAAGAUUGUAUCGAUGCAUGGAGUGAUGAAGAUAUGCCUUGCUCUGAAUGUGACAAUGGUGUCGUUCAUGUCACCAGAAGACUUGACUGUCGCCAAGGCUCACCACCACUGCUUCCAUUCCAAACCUUUUUCGAAGUAUUGGAAUCCACAGUUCGCCUAGGGGAGUUUCUUUUUCCUGUGCUUCUCCAUGGCUACUCUACAUCACUGGAGCAGCCCGAGCAGCUUGUUAUUGGAAAUCAGAGGUACAGACUGGAUGCCUUGUCAUAUGCCAUCAUGAAAGAUGCCAGUUCUGGUCAAGGCUAUGUCCAUGAGAGAUGUCAAAUUUGGAAUGAUAAGCUUGGUCAGUGGAUUUAUUAUGAUGGAGAAGGCUGGGGUGAACAUCCUGUUUACAAACUAAAAUUGACUGAAGAUAAAACACUGGGCAAAUCCUUCAGAGUGGCAUACUUUAGACGAAUGGAUGAUUAACACUAAUCAUUUGGUAUUUGCCCUCACAUUAUUUAAAUAGGAUUGGACUUUUAGUUAUUUAUUUUUCAUAUUAAUGUAUCAAUAUGUGUGCUGUUUUCAUGCAAAUUAUGGAAAAAAAAGUUGUUGAAGUUAGGCUAUAUUUUAUACUGUGUGGUUGUAAUUUCACAGUGGACUACAUGAAAUAAUUUGCUAAGUUGUGGGUAUUAUUUUAUGCAAAUAUGCCUUGCCUCUCUAGUGCCCAGACCUAGAAAAACCAAUUCAAAAAUUAUAAUUUUGUCAAGCUUUCUCUCUUGUUUGGAAUUAUCAGGAACACAAAAUUGGCAGAAACCUCUUGUUUUUUUUGUAUAUAUAUCACAUGAUUUUAUUAUGUUAGAAAAAUACACUGGGGUUUAUUCAUUUCUGUUAUAUGCCCGUCAACAAUAAGUUGUAUAAUUAUGGUAUAUCCUACGUGUCCAUAUGCCGUUCAUUUUCCUUGCUAGCCUUUAUUUAUCAACAGAUUUUUAUUAAACUUGCUAUAGAUAUUCUAUGGCACAAUAGCUCAAGCAGGUUUAUGUUAUGGAAUUUAAUUUCACAAUUAGUUUUAGCAGAGUUAUGCCCCUUUAUUACAAAUAUAGGCAUUUUGUACAAAAAGUAAUAAGUUUUCUAUUUUCAUUCAAUUUCUCUAAUAUUUUGCAACUUCAAGGAAUCUAGAUUUAAUUAUCAAUCUGAUAUAUUUUUCAGAAAAAGAGUUACUUCCCUUGAUCAAUUAAUUAAUGCCCAAUUUAUCAUAUGUAUUAAAUACAUCUAUUGUUUUUCUCAUUAACUAUAUAAAUGCAACAUAAACAAGUUGCUUGAAAUAUAUUUAAAUUGAUAUUUAAAUAUAUUUAAAUGUCAUUAACUUAUUGUCUUCACUUGCCUUUAUAUGCAUGUGUACAUAUACGUUUAAAGAUCUGACUGAAACCGCAUGGCCUACAGCAUAGUUAUUCAAUAUUGGCAUCUUGGAAUACCAAAUAGCAAGUUAUCAAGUAUAGAUAGCAAAAACAUGAAACUAAAGUUAAAAGAGACAUGUUGUUUAUAUGAGCACUACCUACAUACAAAGGGCUAAGGAAGGAAAUUAUAGGGAUCUAUCUAUACAUACUGUACAUACAUGUACAUAGAAACUGAUGUACAUACAUGUGUGUAUGUACAUUGGUUUAUGCAGGAAGACAAUCUAGCUAGCCGGCUUCAUAUUAUCUCCAUCACUAUGGUUUUGUUAAUAUGAUUGUCAUGGAAAUUCUUAACAACCAUCUCCUUAUUUAUCAACAAACUGGGAUAAAAAUGCAGAAGUUCACUGUUACUAUCAAUAUAAUUUUGAGGUCCUUAUAUUUACUCUGCCAGUCUCGUUUUUAGCUCACCAGUUACGAGUAACCGUGAGCUAAUGCUGUACCCCUGGCAUCAGUGUCCCACCCCACUUUAAAGUUUUUGGGGUAAGUUUUUGGAAAGCUUGUAAGUCCAAAAGUAUACACCUAACACCCUUCUUAUUUGGUUUAUGCAUUCAUUAGAGGUCUAGGAGUGAUGUUAUAGCAAAAUCAUGCAGAAAUAAAAUUAUUUAUUUAUUUAUUUAUUUUUUAUUUAUUUUUUUUUUUUUUCAUUUUACCAUUUUUUUUACUUGCUUUUUUGUCACCAAAACCCACUUUUUGGGUAAGUUUUUGGAAAGCUUGUAAGUCCACACCUUUUUAUUUUGGGUUAUAUAUCCAUAAGAAGUCUAGGAGUGAUGUUAUGUGACGUACAAUUUCAAAAUGACAUGCUUAUACAUACAUAAAAAAGGAGUGCAUAGUGUGAUUGCUGCUGCCGGUGACCUUUGCAAUCAUUGAUUCCACUACAGUAUAAGCUUACUGCAUUUGAUCAUAAUUAUCCCUUAUUGCAUAAGUUCAUGUAACAACAUAUUGGGGUCAAAAUAAGGUCACUUAUACUAUGAAUAGAACAGGCAGAACACAUCUUUGCUCUACAAAGUUAUUUUUAUCAAAUCGUCACAAAGAACAUCCUGCAUUUGUUCAUAAUUAUCCCCUGUUGUACGAGUUCGUGUAUCAAAACAGUGGAGUCAAAAUUGGGUCACCAUUACUAUAAAUAGAACUUCACCAUCCUUGUUCUACCGACUUCUUUUUUAAUCUAAUUGUCAUAAAGCUUCCUCUCACCAAUAGAUAAUUAUUCCCUAUGGUAGGAGUAUGUGAAUCAACCAUCAUUAUUCAAGGGUUUUAAAUGAGGCCACUGAGGCCUUAAGGAGAUACAAUGUAUGUAUUGUCUGUUAUGCUUUGAUUAAACUGAAAAUGUUAUAGUAUAUUAUGGUUGUAUGGUGAUUAAUAUGUACCGUCAUAAUUCAAACAUGAUGAGUUUUGAUGCUAUUGAAGAUGCACAAAUUCAUCUCUGUGGUAAAUAAAGUGUUGCCUAUGAUGUUACAAUGACUGGAUAUGCAACUGUUACUCUCAGGUUAUGUAGUUAGUGUAUACAGUAGUUAAAGAAAUAUUACUUGAUUCUCAAACCCUCCCUCGUCUGCUUAGAACUAAAAGCCCCUUAUCUCAUUUAUUUUUCCUGGUUGAAU